AUGUCUGCUUAUCCUGCGACGAUUAUGGGCGUGUUAUGCAUGGUUGGGGGCACCAUCGGCUUCGUGAAGACUCGUUCCAUACCCUCGCUUGUUGCAGGAUGGGGUGUUGGAGCCUUGUACCUGUACGCCGGCGAGGCGAUCCGGAAGCACAAUGCGGGCGGCAUUGAGACGGCGAUCGGAGCCUCUGCGGUCUUGCUACUGAGCAGCGCGCCUCGUUUCGCCAAGGGCCCUGUCCCUGCUAUGCUCACGGUCACGAGCGCAGCCGCCGGCACAUACUACGGCAGCGUGUUCUAUAACUUGCGUCAGAAUUCUGUUUAA